UUAUUGACAGUUGACAUCUGUCAAUAAUGAAUUUAAAAUCAGUGAUAAAAAUCUAAAAUCCGCCAAAUAUAAAGAAUUUCCGUUAAAUUUUACAAAUCACUAGUCAUUUAUUUAUUCACCAUGAAGUUGAACCGUUAUACCAGAUUUAUUUUAGUGACAGUUUUACUUUUCUUGAAAUCUCGACACGUUGAAACAGGUUUCACCGAUUAUGUAAAAACAAUAGGAAGUUAUUUUGUGUUUAAAGAACCCGAAGCUGAUUCUGUUGGUGAAUUCGUUCAACGAAUUCCUUACGAAGUGUCCACAGUCGACGAAAAAUUCAUAUCUGAGGCAGCGAAGCUGACAGGUGUAGCAUUAUCAGAGCUAGACUCAUGCCAGCAAAGGGUGGUACUGAAGCUCAGAUCUGACUGUGAUAAAAUGAACGACGAGCAACUGGCAAAAAUGGCUGUACAUCUACUAAACUGCCAGUCAUACGUCGAGGGGCGCCCCAUUUUCCCAUGCACCGAUGACAUGAGCAUCCGCGACUGCACCAGCAGCAUGGAUUCAGACACUUGGACGAGCUACCAUCUCAUGAGUAACCGCGCAAGAGCCGUUUGUUACACCAUCAGACAAAUGCAAUUUCGUGGAAUGGCAGAACACACCAUAAACAGGCUCAUGGACACGGCACGAGACCAACUCAAAACUCUCGGAAAAAUCACGGAAAAUCAGCAAGAUUUGCAUAACAUUGCGGAACAAACGCUAAACUCGCUAACCCAAGGUCACGAGAUUUUAACGAACCAGCAACGAGAUAUCCAAAGAGCCCAAUUUCACGGCCAGUUAGUCAUAGAAGACAACAUACGCAAAUUGUCACAAGAGAAAGAGUUGAUCGUUGAUACCCACAACCAAUUAGUGCAAAUGACGCACAAGAUACAGCGCAGAUUGGAAGAUUCAAGCAAGAAUCUUGAUAAGCAAAGAAGCGAAACGCGCCAAAACCACCAAGAGUUGCUGGAGGAUCUUAUCAAGAUUCAAGAUAAGGCGCACGCCAUUUUUGAGCGAAUCGAGGAAUCUUCGCGAAUGCUUUUGCAACAAAAUGAAAAUUUCAAGAAUCAGUAUGAAGAAACUUUGRGAAAUCUCGCUGAAGUCAACAGAACGGUCCACAAUCUGGUGUCGUUGGUCGGGGGCACGCGUCAGGCGUUAGAGGAGCGCCUAGUGUGGCUGACGACAGCCCUGGGGGGCACCGACCUAGCCGUAGAGCGUCUCUACCUUAUAAUAUGGCAUGCCGCUUUUAUCCUAAUUUCAAUGCUCACUUGCGCCUUUCUUUCCGCGCGACUUGUCACAAGAUUAAUAGUCGCCACUUUACCCCCUGUCAAUCUUGCCUUGGCGCUGUGGGGCAGCCCUAAUCAAUUGGGGCCCCUGACUCUCCUAGCAACAAUUUUGAGUCUAGUGUUAGGUCAUGUUGUGAUGUUUUGGGCUUUAACACUCAAAGUAAAUGUUCGGGGGAGACUCCCGUGGCGUAAGGAGCCACAAGUGGAGAAAAAAACGGUAGAAGUCCCCGAUAUGGAUUUAAGUACAAACUUAGAGUCGAACGAGUUGGAUGAUUUUAAUAUGAAUAGUUUGGGGGCACCGACGCCCCCACAUUCSAGAAGCGGGUUUUACCGCCACAGAUCACGUAGUAACACUCCUUUGAUUUUAAACGGGAGUGCUAGGGGAGUUUGUCACGCCAAAACAAGGGUUGGUACGCCUUGUAAAUUGGCAAGCCUGCCGGGGAGGGAUUUCUGCUACCGGCACCAAACGGGGGAUUCCGUCAUGGGAUAA